AUGAAUAGUGAAUAGAUUGUUGUGUAAUAUAAGAAUAAAGUAGAAGAAUGUCUUUAAGGUUUUUAAUAAGAUUUAGAUGUAAGUUAUUGAAUAAUAUUAAAUGAUUAGUGCUCUUACAACAGAAUUGAUGCUUAUCUAGAUUAACUUCUUCUUGAUCCUUAUCCAUCUGUUCCAAUAAAGAAUCUUAAUUUGGCCCUACCAAUUGUAUAAAUAUCUAUACCUUCCAUAUAACCAUUACAUAAUUAAUUAAUUCAAGAACUCAAACCUAUAAUCAAUUCGACUAUUCAUAAACAAAUCAAAUUAAAAUAACAAAACAUAGAUUAACUUUAAUAAUAACUAAUUAUAUUAUAAGAUAAAGUAAUAUAACAAGAAAAUCAAAUUAUAUAACAUAAUCAUCAUUAAUCCAAUCUUAAACCAUUUAAUUAUAAUUUAAUAUAGAAUAAUUCAAUUUAAUAAAGAGAAGAUUGUCUUGCAAUUGCUAUUAAUAAAGAAAAUUCAAUUGUAUUAGCUGGAUGUGAUAGUAAGAUUAAAGUAUUUGAAUUUAAAUAAGAAUAGUUGAAACAAAUUCAACUUUUAAGUGGACAUUCAAAUUCUGUUACAACCUUAAAUUUUAUGAAGUAAUCAACUUAAUUUAUAUCUGGGAGUUUGGAUAAAUAGAUUAUAAUAUGGUGUAUGGAUUAACAUAGUUAAUGGAUCUGCUCAUAGAAAUUGAAUGAACAUAAAGAUUACAUUAAAUGUUUAUUAUUGAACAAUAAUGAAGAUAUUAUGAUAUCAGGAAGUGAUGAUUAUACAAUUAAAUUUUGGAAAAAGCAGAAUGAAUGGAUAUGUUCAUAAACUAUUACAUAUCAUACAAGUGAAGUAGAUGGAUUAAGUUUGAAUGAGAAAUAGAAUAGAGUGAUAUCAUGUGGAUAUGAUAAGUUAAUAUUAAUAAUAGAACAGUCAUCAUAGGAUUAAAAAUGGAAUGUAAUAUAAAAGAUAACAGUUGAACAGUGGGGUUUAAGAUUAUGCUUUAUCGAUGAUAAUGUAUUCACAUUCCAACCUUAUCGUUAAGAGUAAAUGCAUGUUUAUGAGAUGAAUAGUACUAAUAAAUAGUACUCAAAGACAAAAUAAAUUGAUGUUAAAUGUGGAAUUAAGGAUUGCAAUUACUGGUUCCCUUAAUAAUAUAUAAAGUCGAAAUGUCUGCUUGUGAAUAAGAAUGGAUUAAAUGUUAAUUUGAUAAGGAAGAACCAAAAUGGUGAUUUUAUAACAUAAUAAUCUAUUCAUUUUGGUCAUAAUUGUAUAUUUGGAUAGAUGAGUGAAGAUGGAGAGUAUUUGAUGACUUGGGAUGAAAAAUCUAGGGAAAUUUAAAUUAGGAAAUAUCAUUAAUUAUGA